GACAUGGUGGUGGUGGACGGUGCCGGACGGUCCGAGAUUGUCCACGGGGCCAGGCCAGCUUAAGGUCCCCAGUACUAAUCCCCCGAGACCUGGCGAUGGGACCUGAUUCCAGUCGGGCCAGAGGGCCGGGCCUCGGUGGAGCUGACGAUCCCCGACACCAUCACGGAGUGGAAGGGCAGCGUGUUCUGCAACGGGGAGACUGGCUUCGGCCUCUCGCCCACCGCCUCCUUCACCACCUUCAAGCCCUUCUUCCUGGAGCUGGCCCUACCCUACGCCGUGGUCAGGAGCGAGGGCUUCACCCUCAAGGCCAAGCUCUUCAACUACCUGGCCCACAGCCUCAUGGUCAAGGUCACGCUGCAGGAAGCCCAGGGCUUUGAGCUGAAGUCGUCAGACAGCCAAGUUCAAGUGUGUGUCUUAUCCACAGACAGCGUCACUGUCAGCUGGAACCUUACAGCCACCGGGCUGGGGAAGGUGAACGUGACAGUGGCCGCUGAGUCCGUGCUCUCCACCACUCUGUGCGGGAACGAGGUGGUGUCCGUGCCCGAGAGAGGGGCCGUGGACACGGUACGCAGACUGCUGCUCAUCCAGCCGGAAGGCUCUGAGACGGAGUUGACCCACAGCUUGCUGCUCUGCCCGGCAGGUCAAAGCAUGACCGAGGAAAUCGAGCUGCAAGUCCCGGAGGAUGUGGUGGAAGGGUCAGCACGAGCUUCCUUCACGGUGCUGGGGGACCUGAUGAGCAGCGCCAUGGAGAACCUGGACAGUUUGCUGCAACUCCCCACGGGCUGCGGGGAGCAGAACAUGGUGAAGUUCACCCCCAACAUCGUGGUGCUGAGUUACCUGGAGAAAACUCACCAGCUCUCUCCCCAAAUCAGGUCCAAAGCUGUGGGCUUCCUGCAGACAGGUUACCAGCGACAACUCAACUACAAGCACGAAGACGGCUCCUUCAGCGCCUUCGGAACCAGCGACCCCGAGGGCAACACAUGGCUGACAACCUUCGUGCUGCGCUCCUUCCUCCAAGCCCGGCCCUACAUCUACAUUGACGAGGCGGUGCUGCAUGAGGCGGCCGCCUUCAUCAUCGCCCACCGCCUUCCCACUGGCUGCUUCGCCAGCGUAGGGCAGCUCUUCAACAGCGCCCUCAAGGGGGGAGUGGAUGACACCGUCUCUCUCUCCGCCUACGUGACCAUUUCCUUACUGGAGCUGCAGAAACCGAGGCCCACCAUGGCCUCCCAGGUUUAUGAAGAGGCUCACAACGGGCUUCGCCGCAGCGUUUCGCCAGGGCUGCCAACAUUGGAUCUCGAGUCUGGUCUCGUCCGGCACCUGCCCUACAGCUUCAAGGGCCUGGUAGACUGGUCACUGGAGUGUCUGCGUCAUGCCCCUGGGACGGUGAACAACACCUACACCCUCGCCCUCCUCGCCUACGCCUUCACCCUCGCUGGAGACGAGCCCUCGAGGGACAGCACCCUCCUCCGGCUGGACGCCCUCGCCAUCAAUGAGGAUGGUCUGACCCAUUGGGGUCAACGUGAGGGUGGGGAGGAGGGGUGGGGGCUCUGGUGGAGGGCCCCCUCGGCUGAGGUGGAGACGACGGCCUACGUGCUGCUGGCCCUGCUCUCCCCCCCCAACAUCAGCCCCACCCACCUGCACCGCUCCUCCCGCAUCGCCGACUGGCUGGUCCGCCAGAGGAACUCGUACGGAGGCUUCGCCUCCACUCAGGACACAGUGGUGGCCCUCCAGGCCCUCUCCCUCUACGCGGCCCUCACCUACUCCCCCGAGCCCCUCUCCUCUGUCUCGCUCAGUGGCCCCGGCGGCUUCCAGCGGCUCUUCCACGUCGACUCCGACAACCAGCUGCUGGUGCAGAGAGCGGCACUGCCGGGCCCUGGCACCUACAUCGGCAACAUCACCGGCACCAGCUGUGUGCUGCUCCAGACAUCUCUCCGUUACCACACACUGCCGUCUGCCGGUGCUGCCGCCUUCCAGCUCUCCCUCCACCUGGAGCCGUACGAGAAGACGGAGGCGAUGCUGCACAUCAACGUCACCUACACGGGAUCCCGCAACGUCUCCAACAUGGUGAUCGUCAACGUGAAGAUGCUCUCCGGGUAUUCCCCCCAGACCACGAUGCCUGUGGGUGUGAGUCGCAUAGAGUCAAAGGACGGACAUUUCCUGAUGUACAUUGAAAAGAUGGACGCCGGCCAGACCCUCACCCUGUCCAUCCGCAUCUUCCAGGAAUUCCCUGUGGAAAACCUGCAGGCAGCCCACGUCUCCGUCUACGACUACUAUGUGACCGACGAGGCCGCCAUUGCUGGGUACCAGUGGCCCACUUCAAGCGAGGAGUAGCAAAUUAUGAAGGAGGCCGCGGGUCGAGGGCCGGACACAGAGGCUCCCAGCGCCGGACA